AUGGUCAAGAUCGCAAUUGCAGGAGGAGCCGGCAAUGUCGGCCAAGAGAUCAUGGAUGCCCUUGUAGCUAGAAACAAGCAUGAGAUAAUUAUUCUGUCUCGAAAGGAUGCGCCGGAAACAGAAAUCGUCCCUGGAGUGACAUGGUUCAAAACUCAAUACGAAAAUGUUGAGGAACUUACCAAUAUCCUAGAGGGAGUACAUACAGUUCUAUCUUUUAUGUCUGUCGCCCCUGGUGAUACAGCUGCUGGGCCACAGGAGAAGUUGAUCGAUGCGGCAGUCCGAGCGGGCGUGAAGCGCUUUGCACCAAGCGAAUGGGCUUCGUCUAACCUGGAUUACUUCCCCUGGUACGACUUCAAGAGGUCUGCACGUGAGUACCUUGCAGAACUUAACAAGGACAAAAAGUUCGGACUCUUCACGAACUACAUGACCUACCCAUAUAAGUCAUCCAAGCACGUCAACCUUUUCGAAACGCCAGUCAACUUUCAUGGCCGCCGAGCUCUUCUCAUCGACGAUGGUGAAGCGGUAAUAACGCUUACAUCUGCCCAAGACGCAGCAAAAGUAACUGCUUUAGCUGUAGAAUACGAAGGAGAGUGGCCGGUUGUCAGUGGCGUUAAGGGCACAGAUAUUACGAUGAAUGAACUUGUCGCUCUUGGCGAGAAGAUUCGAGGUCAAAAGUUCAAAGUCGAGUAUUUGAAGAGCAAGGACCUCGAAGCUGGUAUCGUCAAAGCUUCAUGGCUUCCCCUUCCCGAACACCCAGCGAUUCCAGCUGAGAUGCGAGAGAAGAUUGCUGCAGAUAUGAUCAAGUGCUUCCUUCUCGGAAUCAAGCAUGGUGCUUUGAGGGUCUCUGACGAGUGGAAUAAACUUGUGCCCGAGUAUAAGUUUACCCAGCCUGAUGAAUUCCUGACCAAGGCAUGGGCUGCCAUUGACGGAGGAGCUAAGAGUGCCUUCACCGAGGAUUAA